UACGGGAAGGAUUACAAGGAUGAUUUGGUUUGGAUGUAUAAAAUGAUGUUUCCUCCAAGAUAUCCAAAUAUUGCUUUCAUAGGAUUAAUAGUAAGUGCCGGUGCCAUCUUUCCUGUUAGCGAAAUGCAAGCACGGUACGUUACAAGUCAAAUCAAGGGUUUUAUCAAGCCGCUCCCAUCUCCUGCCGAAAUGGACCAAUGCAUACGUGACCGUUAUGAGAGAAUUCGAAAAUUUUAUGUCGAUCCAUCACGUCAUAGUAUCCAAGCAAAGCCCCUUUUAUAUCUGGACGAACUGAGCCAAGAAAUAGGAUGUUAUCCUUAUGCUUUCGAGAUAAUAAAAAAAUUCGGCUUAGGUUUUUGGAAAUUAAUCACCUUCGGCUUGGCCACACCUAUUCAAUUUCGAUUGUUGGGAAGAAAUUCUUGGGAAGGUUCAAAGGAAGCAAUUUUGCUGUACAACAAACGUGCCGCUG